AUGCCGCCAGACGCAAACUGGAUCAAGCUAAACACAGCUGGAUUUUGGAGGGACACCGAAGCUGGUGCAGGAGGCGUGAUCCGAGACAAAGAAGGUAAUAUUAUCCAAGGGACCAUGGCUAGAAUCACAGCCACCUCGACACUCGAUGCAGAGCUCCAAGCGCUAGUGAUUGGCGUUGAUGCAGCAAGAGAGCACGACAUACGCAUUUGGAUCGAGAUGGAUAAUAAGGAGGUCGUCACUUUGUUGAAUGCCAAAAGAUUCGGUGCAGCUGCCCUGAGACACCUGGUAACGGCCAUCCGCAACAGAAUAAAACAGGUGGAGGUAAGGAUCACACAUAUCCGCUCACAAGGGAAUAGGGUGGCAGAGUUUCUGGCUCGUCAUGGAAGCUUGGAAAGGAAGGGUAGUAUGUUUAACCAAGGUUCCGCCCCUGCAAGGGCGAAGGCAUUAGCCAGGAUGGACCAACUUGGCAUGCCAAGUUUCUGCCUCCGAGAGCAAAGUUAUCAUCGAUAA